AUGUGCCACGGCGCCAUCCCUGUUGGCCAGCAGUGAUGUUUACCGGAGUUCGCGUUGUUUUUUUGUUUUUUUAAUAUACACGUCUUUAGAUGUUGUGCAAAUAUAUAUAUACACACACAAUAUAGCGUUGUAGAUCGAGCAGUUAGGCUAGUUCGGGUCGAUUGGACAUGCAGCGUGUUGUCUGUGUGUAGCAGGCAGUUUCGCCGUUGUGCCGGAUUAGAGGGGUCCAGGGAGGCGGUUUGGUUGGACACGUUAAAUUCGCCCUCCGCCUGUUUUGUUUUUGAGGCGCUGCGGUGUCUCCGCCGGGCGAGCUGGUGUUUGGGUUCUCGGUUUUUAGGCGUAAAACGGCGGCAGUUGAGCGUGACAGCUGGUGAAUUUCAGCUGUUACCAAGGCCAAGGUACUUUACACGUCGCAGCGGCAGUUGUUAUCGUGUUUUCGGCGCGGCGGAGUUGCUGGCUGACUUCUCUAGUUUUCUAACUCUGUUUUCUCAGAGGUUUCUGUGCUGUAGGCCCAGGAUGAUUGAGGUCGUGGCCUCCAUGGCACGGGGCCCUGUGUUUCUGGCUGGAGAGGUUUUAGAGUGUCUCAUCACCUUCACCAAUCCCAUGUCCCACCUCUCUACUAGCGCAAGCAGCGAGAUGCUUGCGUGGGCCAGUGCUCAGAUCCACUGCCAGUUCCAUGCUAGUGAGAGCCGUGUGGCUCUACCAAGUCAAGGUACCAAGCAGGAUGUACAAGCAGAGAGCGACACUGUGCUCAUCCCCAGCAGAGGGGAACGAGGGCAGUGCAUGCUAGACACCCCACCAAAGAUCCUGUUCUGUGACCUGCGGCUUGACCCUGGCGAAAGCAAAACCUACUCUUACAGUGAGCUUGUACCCACGGAUGGCCCUCCUAGUUUUCGUGGUCAGGCAGUAAAAUAUGUCUACAAGUUGACAAUUGGCUGCCAAAGAGUAAAUUCUCCUAUCAAGCUGCUCCGUGUUCCCUUCAGAGUUCUUGUGUUGCAUGGGAUGCCAGAGCCUCCCUUCCCACAGGAUGAGGAAGUAGCCCCUUCAAACCCUUUCCUGGAGGAAGAGGAAGGAGGGAGAAGAGACACAAGAACACUGGAGCGAGCACUGGACAUGCUGAUGAUCACCACAUCACGCCGCUAUCCACAUUUGUUUAAUAUUACAAACAUGAGAGGGAAGGUGGCCAAGUUCUGUAUUUUUAAGACUGUUUACAGACUAGGAGAGGAUAUUAUUGGAACAUUUACUUUCUCAGAAGGAGAUAUCCCAUGUUUACAGUAUUCAGUGAGUCUCCAGAGUGAGGAGGAGGUCCACGAACAGUACCAGCGGCGGCCGGGUCAAGCAGUUAGCGUUACAGGUCAUGGGCGGCACCUGGAGUCCUGCCUCCACACGGCUUCCAGCCACUUCUCCCUGCCCAUCCCCCUCAAUGUGACACCUGGUUUCAGCACUGACAUCGUGACUCUAAGAUGGCGUCUACAUUUUGAGUUUGUCACAGCACGAGAACCGGUGGAGUUGCCGACUGUUCUUCAGAACCAAUCAGAAGUUACGGUAUGGACUGGGGCAGAGCAGGUGGACGUAGAUACCUUCAGUUGGGACCUGCCAAUCAAAGUGCUGCCCACCAAUCCGGCUCUAGCUUCAUAUGUUUCACAAUUUACAGGGACCAACAGCAUCAAUAUCUGAGUGCGUGUGUGUGUGUGUGUGUGUGUGUGAGACUCUUGAUCAUCUGGUAUUCCAGAUCAAAAGUCAGCAUUGUCUUGUUUAUGGUCUUUUAUUUGUUUUUAUCUUUUGUAGUGCAAUGAAUACGUACAUAUAUGUAUUUGUCAACCUGUGCUGAACAUUUUUAAUAUUUCAGACAUGACCAACCCAAGACCUUUUUUCCAUAUUUAUUGUAUUUUUCAGCCUUUGUGUGCUAAUCUAUAUCAUUUUACAUAACAUCUUGCCUGUUGAUCUUUUAUGAAAAUACUUAUGUAUGUUUAUGUGUGACGAGAGCCAUCAAUGUACAGAGUGUCUCUAAAGAAAGUGUUCUUGGCAAAUAAACAUGGAGGAAUCAGAGAAAUGCAAGUUACUUUCCCUCAAA